CUUCAAACUACUGAGACAAUCAUGAAGCUUUCUAUCUUCGGUCUCACUGAUUGCGGUGACAGUAUCAUCGGAAAGCCUGUUCCACAAGCUCGCUAAGCACUUGGUGCCGCCUACGACUGGGUUGAAUGAGAUUCCGGGAGACAACCCUCUAAAAUACUGCCAUGAGGACCAUUCCGGUGAUAUCUUUACUAUCGAGAAGGUCGACCUGACCCCCAAUCCGCCCAUCCGUGGGAAACCUCUUACUACGCAAGCUGUUGGCGUUCUCAAAGACAAGGUUUCCCGAAUAGCACCCAUGUCGACGUUACCGUUAAAUAUGGCCUCAUUACGUUGAUGAAGCAGUCACUGAACAUCUGCGACCAUGUGGGUGAGCUUGGCCUCGAAUGCCCGAUUGAUCGAGGCAGGGUGACGCUGACCCAAGUGGUCGAUGUCCCCAAAUUUAUUCCUCCCGGAAAGUACACUCUCAAAUGCAACGUAACGAUCGCCGGUGUCAGGCCCAUAACGUGCCUCACUGGAACUAUCGCAUUUGGCGGCUGAAUAUCCACCUCGCUUAUUUCAUGAUCAGAAAUAAUACAAUAUAUCCUUGGUUGCCAUGCAGUCGGUGGGGGGGGACGGUUAGACAACGGGCUGGUUCUCGUGGCGAACAUUCGUUAAUAAGUACUUACUUAGCGGUGUGGAAACAACAUUCAUGUCUGUGCGCUCAAUAUAGUUGGCACAUCUCUUUUCGCUGUGUCAUAUCACCGCGGCCGUUCCCAGCCUCUGCCUUCUUGCCCACUUUUCUAUUCCUGCAGAACAGCUUGAGGUCAAAUUGCGGCCCCAAAUAGAAUUCCGUUUCACAAGAGUUUACAUCUAACAUUCGCUACCACUACAUCGGGGUGCUUAUUUCUUGUUCUUUGUUUUUCCCUCUUCAAUAUGGUGGACGAUGUUACUAAUCACUGGCGCUCCACUGAAGACAUGUCCUAUACUCAUAU